CUCAGCAGAGCCAGGAGACUGAAGACAGGCAGUGAGAGCCGCUGGGACAAUGAGUUGCCUGCAUCACCUGCUCUGCCGAGUGCAGGCCGCAGAGGCCAGAGAACAAAAGUGCGGGGAAAGGAGGGCUGGAGGACUGGGCAGGACUGGGCAGGGCUGGGCGGAGGCAGGAGGGCAGAAGCAGGAGCCAUGCUCAGGCAGCAGCAGAGUACCCCUUCUCCCUCCCCAGCCAGGGAAGCUUGUGUGUGCCUCUCCGGCUUAGCCUGUUUCCUGGGGAGGCAGGCUCCUACAAGCCUGCAUGUGUAAGCCAUGGGAGGGUGCAGGAUGAGGGAUGAGCCUCAUCUUGUCCCUCCCUAUGCUGGCCUCACCCUCUUGCAAACCUGACAGGCAGCAGACAGAAGUAGGCAUUCACCCACAGCGGCUUUACCUCGUGGAAUCCCCGGGCCCUUCGCGGGACCCCAUCCCUGCCCCCCCACACCUGGUCCCCUGUAGGCGCAGAAGGAUGAUGCCGUGCUACCGUCCACCGGGGAACGAGACGCUGCUGAGCUGGAAGGCCUCGCGGGCCACGGGCAUGGCCUUCCUGCUCGUGGCGGCACUGCUGGGGCUGCCGGGCAACGGCUUCGUAGUGUGGAGCUUGGUGGGCUGGCGGCCGGCGCGGGGGCGGCCGCUGGCGGCCACGCUGGUGCUGCACCUGGCACUGGCCGACGGCGCGGUGCUGCUGCUCACGCCGCUCUUCGUGGCCUUCCUGGCAGGCCAGGCGUGGCCGCUGGGCCAGGUGGGCUGCAAGGCGGUGUACUACGUGUGCGCGCUCAGCAUGUACGCCAGCGUGCUGCUCACCGGGCUGCUCAGCCUGCAGCGCUGCCUGGCCGUCACUCACCCCUUCCUGGCUCCGCGGCUGCGCAGCCCGGCCCUGGCCCGCCGUCUGCUGCUGGCCGUUUGGCUGGCCGCCCUGCUCCUCGCCCUGCCGGCCGCCGUCUACCGCCACCUCUGGGGGGACCGCAUAUGCCAGCUGUGCCACCCAUCGCCGGCGCACGCCGCCGUGCACCUGAGCCUGGAGACUCUGACGGCCUUCGUACUGCCUUUCGGGCUGGUGCUCGUUUGCUACGGCGUGACGCUGGCGCGGCUGCGGGCCGCGCGCUGGCGCUCCGGGCGCCGCGGCACCCGCGUGGGCCGGCUCGUGAGCGCCAUCGUACUGGCCUUCGGCUUACUCUGGGCUCCCUACCACGCGGUCAACCUGGUGCAGGCGGCCGCCGCGCUGGCUCCGCCCGAGGGGACCUUGGCCAGGCUCGGCGGCGCGGGCCAGGCGGCGCGGGCGGGCACCACGGCCUUGGCCUUCUUCAGCUCCAGUGUCAACCCGCUGCUUUACGUCUUCACCGCCGGGGACCUGCUGCCCCGCGCGGGUCCGCGGUUCCUCAUGAAGCUCUUCGAGGGCUCCGGGGAGGCCCGAGGGGGCAGCCGCUCCAGGGAAGGGACCAUGGAGCUCCGAACGACUCCUCGCCUACAGGUGGUGGGCCAGGGCCAGGACAACGGGGACCCUGGGGGCGGGCAGCAUAGGGGCAGUCUGGAUUGGGACCUUUGACACCAAACCUUGCACCACGCCUGCUCGGCGCCGCCCCUCUCUGUGUCCCCUCCUGGAAGUCGCCUCUCGGGAGCAUCUGGGGACACUUCGACGGAGGACGGUCACUUGAGGGCUUGUGAGGAUGAGGAUGGCUCAUGUGAGCAGACAUUGCACCUGCAGUUGGUGUGUACCCGCCCGCCGGCGCUGCUCGCCCUCUGCCAGUAGCUAUGACUGUGAAACUCUCCGGGAAGCCACUAGAGGAUGACCCAAGUGUGUUCCUGUCGGUGGCUCAUCAUGGCUGAGCUAUACCUAAGCCACCUGGUUCCCCGCUGGGUCACUUGGGCCUUCCCGGGGCCCUGCCCUGCCAGCCCUUAGCACCUCCCUCUCUGGAUGUAAAGGAAGAAAGAGGAA